AUGAACAUCCUCGAGGACCAUUUCCAGCUCACCACUUGUGUCAUUACCGCCAUCAGUGUUACGCAUCCGUACAAUGAGACCCCAAGUCCGGGAGUCCGGGUCAUCACCGCUCAAUUGGGCGAGCAAAGCUGCCGAUUGUGCCGCGGAGGAGCGCAUAUCCAGAACGAGGAGAUCGCCAAGGUUGGUUCAGGCAUUGCUCGUCCACCAGUCACCAAACGCGAUGAUAGCGAAGUGAGCCAGGACGAGCGCCACGUGGAGGUAGAGGGUGACAAAGCCGAAGAUGACAAGCCAGAAGCUGCUGAGCCGACGACAUCACCAUUCCUGUAG